CACAUCAGUUCCAGUGUCGUGAGAGCCGACCACUCAAAGCUUUACAAUUAUCUCUUUCUAUGAAGCUACACAAAUGAGGCAUACCCCAAGUUUCUCUCUAUUUCUUCAAUUCAUAUCCUUGUUUUGGUGAGUCUUUUCUUCUCAUUCUUCAUCCCAGAUUCAAUGUUGUAAUCUCAACUUCUAGCAGUAAUGAUCUAGAAGUGAUUUUGGAGAAACUCUUUUUUUCUUUUUUGGAUUUGAGUAAGGUAUUAGAAGACCCUUUGUUGGAAUUCCAUGGAUACUUUACUUAGAACGCACAGCAAGCUCGAAUUUUCUCGUUUACUAAUCCAUGGGUUUUCUGUGAAAGCUUUUAAUAAAAUCCAGGAGGUUAAGUUUGGUCCCAACAAAUCCUUUUUGGGAUGUGGUAGGGAUGAUAAUGGUUGUGUUAAGGUUAAGGCGAGUAGAAGUGCUCUUUUAGAGUUGGUUCCAGAAACUAAGAAGGAAAAUUUAGAGGUUGAGCUUCCUAUGUUUGAUCCAUCAAAGGGUACUGUGGUGGAUUUAGCCGUUGUUGGAGGUGGCCCUGCUGGUCUUGCUGUUGCUCAACAGGUUUCACAGGCGGGGCUUUCGGUGUGUUCGAUUGACCCAUCUCCCAAAUUGAUUUGGCCUAAUAACUAUGGUGUUUGGGUGGAUGAAUUCGAAGCUAUGGAUUUGCUUGAUUGCCUUGAUACUACUUGGUCCGGUGCUGUUGUGUAUAUCGAUGACCGAAGAACGAAACAUCUCGAUCGACCUUAUGGAAGGGUUAACAGGAAGCAGCUCAAGUCCAAAAUGUUGCUAAAGUGCAUAUCUAGUGGUGUGAAAUUUCACCAGGCAAAGGUUAUUAAGGUUAUUCAUGUGGAAUCAAAGUCUUUGUUGAUUUGCAAUGAUGGUGCCACGGUUGAGGCUACCGUUGUUCUCGAUGCUACCGGAUUUUCUCGGUGCCUUGUUCAGUAUGAUAAGCCUUAUAAUCCAGGCUAUCAAGUGGCCUAUGGAAUUUUAGCCGAGGUGGAAGAACACCCGUUCGAUGUAGAAAAGAUGGUUUUUAUGGACUGGAGAGACUCACAUCUUGCCAAUUGUAAGGAUUUGAGGGAGAGAAAUAGUAGAAUUCCCACAUUUCUAUAUGCAAUGCCCUUCUCAUCCAACAAAAUAUUUCUCGAGGAAACUUCUCUAGUUGCUCGACCGGGGGUGCCAAUGGAUGAUAUCAAGGAGAGAAUGGUGGCCAGGUUAAGGCACCUGGGAAUAAAAGUUACUAGCAUCGAAGAGGACGAGCAUUGUGUUAUUCCAAUGGGCGGGCCUCUUCCGGUGCUACCUCAAAGAGUCGUGGGAAUUGGUGGCACGGCUGGGAUGGUGCACCCUUCAACAGGGUAUAUGGUUGCAAGAACUCUUGCAGCUGCUCCAAUUGUUGCAGACGCCAUAGUUCGGUACCUUGACCCUGGAAGGAACUUGCCGGGAAACAAGUUGUCUGUAGAAGUAUGGAGAGAUCUAUGGCCCAUAGAACGAAGGAGACAAAGAGAGUUCUUCUGUUUUGGCAUGGAUAUUCUUCUAAAGCUUGAUUUACCGGCAACAAGAAGGUUUUUCGAUGCAUUUUUUGAUCUGGAACCCCAUUAUUGGCAUGGAUUCUUGUCGUCUAGGUUGUUUCUUCCAGAACUCAUAACUUUUGGGUUUUCCCUGUUCUAUCAUGCCUCAAAUACUUCCAGGUUAGAGAUUAUGGCCAAGGGAACUCUUCCUUUGGCCAACAUGAUCAAUAAUUUAGUUCAAGAUACAGAAUAAGAUGAUCAGGAUAUCCAUUUAUUUCAUGCUUAAGUUUGUUGGUGGGCUUCAUUUUACUAGUUUUCCCCCUAUAAAUGUUGAUACUGUAUAAUCAUGAUAGUUAAUUUACGAGGAAGAAUGGACACUGUAAUUUCUUACUGAACACAAUAUUAUUAGAUUUCUUCAUUUAUGUACACAAACAUUGUUGUUCUAUCAGGCCA